GUUUGCAUUUCCGGUUAGUAAAAAAGUUAGAAAUUUUUGUUUUUGCAGGAAUAUUGAGAUAGUUUUGAGACAAAAGAUGGAAGAAGAAGAAGAACUAAGUGCUGAUGUGUCAAACAUAUUCAAGUCUAUACAAGCAGCAUGUGAAGAGCUAACACAGAGAGGACAGGAAUACCUUUUGGUAACAGCUGACCCAGCCAGUCAAAGUUGCAUGAAAAUUGGAUCUGAUAAAGGGAGACAAUUCCUGGAUGUCAACUCAGAAUUAGUCAUAAACUUCUUUUCAUACUGCUUUGGUGCACAAAUAAUUGAAGAUCUUGGAGACCAGAAUGAAACAAGCAACCAGACUUAUAUACCUGCUAGCAUAGUAGAUAACCUAGUUACACCUAUAGCAACAACUAAUGAAGAAGAUAAAGACCAAGGAAGUGCAAAUACUAAUGCAAGUGAUGAUCACAUAGAAGUAUUACCUGACUUACAGGUAGUCACACAGACUACUGACCAUAAGCCGAGUACUGACACACCUGACUUACAGGUAGUCACACAGACUACUGACCAUAAGCCGAGUACUGACACACCUGACUUACAGGUAGUCACACAGACUACUGACCAUAAGCCAAGUACUGAUACACCUGACUUACAGGUAGUCACACAGACUACUGACCAUAAGCCAAGUACUGAUACAGGUACACAUACAAAGAAACCUGAACAACAGCUUAUUAGUUCAGGACUUCCAACAAGUCAGUCUGAGAAAGAGCUAGUCGCUUCUAAAAAACAAGCAGAAAAACUUCUGCAAAAGAUUGAACAUUUUGAAAAACAAAUUUCAAAAGAAAUCAUUUGUACAGAACAACCCUCAGAAUUGAAUAGUAAUGAUUUGUCUGCACAAAAAGAACUUCAUGAAGACAUAUCUCUGUCCUCUGAUGAUAGUAUACUACCUCAGAUGUUCAUUAGAAGUGAAACAUUAGAUUUAGAUUCAAAUGAAAAGAUAUGUGAUGAACAAGAUGACAUUGUUGAUGCAAUCCUUGCUAGUAAUGAAAAUAGUAAUAGUUCAGAAACUGGUUAUCAAAAUGAUUCAAUUAUAAUACAACCUAACUCUGGUGGUCUAAUUGAUCCAGCUGAAGCAAAAUCUGAAUCUAGUGUUCUGAAUGAUUCAACUGAAGCGCAGUCUGAAUCUAGUGGUCCUAAAGGUUCAACUGAAGCACAAUCUGAAUCUAGUGGUCUACAUGAUUCCCCUGAUUCACAAACUCAUCAUCAAUCAUUUAAACAAGAUAAACCUUUUGUCGCAGAGAAGAUGAUCACUAGAAAAGGAAAACAGAAAGCAAAAUCUACAAUAUCUUCUUUGGAUGGUGAAAAUAAAUCUGAAACUUUGGUAGAAGCUUCAAACUUGACGGAUAAAAUAAAUGACAUUUCAAAUGAGAAGCCAUCAAAGCAAGUUAAAAAGAUACCAAAAACCAUCACAUCAGAAACAACAUUGACAAAGCAAAAACGAUUUCAAAAUAAAAUUGCCAUUCCAAAUCCUGAAGAGAAAACAGUAGAUAAACCUUCAAAACCAACUUGCACCGUAUGUAAAGCUACAUUCUCUAGGAUUCAUAGUUUGAAAGGUCACAUGCUGAUUAUACACCAAUUGGAAGUCAGUAUGGAUGAGUUACAGAGAAAUGCAGCAAAGAUAUCUAUUGAGCAUAAAAAGGAAAGUAUUUCACCUACUAAGAAGAAACAAGCUCAGAACUCUGCUUCUAAAAGUAAAUCUGUUCUAGUUAAAGAAAGUAAAAUAACGUCAGACAAAAAUGCCAAGUCUUUGUCUGUAAUAGAUACUGCAGGGAUGUUGUCAGAGAGUAAUGCAUCUUCUCAAGGUGAAAUGCCUGUGCAGUUUGGCAGCUUAGAGCAAGAUGUAGAAAUUAUAAGACUUUAUGAAAAGGAUAAGCAGGAUAAAAAUAAACUUAAAAUUAAAAGUGAGCCUCUAUCUGAUGAGGAACAAGAUGAUGCUGAAGACCACAAAGUUAAAAGAAGAAAACUUUUUACUAGAAAUGAAGGUGAUGACAAUAAAAGAAUUAAACUUGAGAACAGUGACCAAGAAUCUACAGAACAGGAUAUAGUUGCACUAGCUACAAUAGAAUUGAUUAAUAGUAUCAGCAGUGGUACCAGUAGCAAGGAAGGAGCAAGCCAAGAGAAUUCUUCAAUGCAGUCAGAUGAUGGCAUCAUAGUUUUGGAGGAGAAUCAUGAUGAAAAUGUUCCUUCACCUAAUAAAGGAAAGAAAAAUAAAAAGCCUGAAAAGAAACAGGAAGACGUCUAUUGUGCACUCUGUGAUAAAAACUUUCAAAAAGCUUUUAAUCUAACUAUUCACAAUAUACGAUUCCAUCCUAGUAUCAUAAUGAAACAGUUCGGUGUUGACAUGGUAGCAGAGGUGAAACAAGAGCAAUUUUUCGAUGAUGAGGAUGAUGUUGGGCUUAUUGAUGAUCAGAUUGAGGAAGAUGACGACCAACACGAAAAUCUUAAUGAUUCUACACAAGAAAAUGAAGAAAUGGAUAAUAGUGAUUCCGUUGUCGAUCCUAUGGAUAGAUUGAAUGAAAUCAAACAAAAUGAACAGAUAAAAAAGUAUAUUACUAUAACAGAGCAGACAAAUAACACUUUACUACUCAGCUGUAAUAAUUGUACAUUUUCAUGUGAAGAAUUUCAUCAGGUGCUGGUUCACAUUGCUAGAAUCCAUCCAGAAUUAUCUGCAGAUUUAGAUUUAAUGAUGAGUUGUUUCUAUGGUAUCAAGACAUUUAAUAAAAAAUGUGAUGAAUGUCCAUUGAUAUUUAGAUCUGUAUCUAGAUUGUGGAAUCAUAUUGUACAAGAACAUCCAGAGAGUGUGGAAAAUUGUAGUAAGAAAAAACGUUUGCGUCAUUUAAUAAACAAAUAUAAAAGUAAGAAAUCAUUCGUCAAAUGUGACAUUUGUGGUGAACAUUUACGUAGCAUGAGAGCUCUUGACAAUCAUAUGGCAUUGCAUCCAGAAGCUGGAAGGAGAUAUCAAUGUCCACAGUGUUCUCAAUCAUUCAGCACAAAACCAAACAUGACUCGCCAUUUUAAACAGAUUCAUUUAGAGGAGAAAAAGUUUCAAUGCGACAUAUGUGGAAGAUCCUUUUCACAGAAGGAGACAUUAAGAUACCAUCGACAAACUCAUGAGGAAGAAAAAGACAAACCCAGACGAUUCGAGUGUCAUAUUUGUAAUAAAAAACUUAGGAAGAAGGAAUCAUUACAAAUUCAUCUUCGCCAACAUGAAGGCAUUAAACCAUAUAUUUGUGAAUAUUGUGGUAUGGCUUUUACUCAGAAUGGAAACAGAAAUAAACAUGUGCAACUCAUUCAUAAUGAAGAUAGAAGCUUAGAAUGUACUAAAUGUGGCAAAAGUUUUAAACUUCAGGAACAUUUGAAACGUCACAUGAAAAUGCAUCUGAUCAGGGAGGGUGAGAUACCAGCUGAUAAAACCUACCUCUGUGAAUAUGCAGGAUGUGGGGCUCGUUACACAACAUCUACUCAGUUAAAAGUUCAUACAAUGUCAAAACAUACAAAUGAAAGACCUUGGACAUGCUCGAACUGUAAUAAAGGUUUCACUACUAGAGACAAGUUACUGAGACAUGAACAGACCCAUGUAGAAGGAUUGUUUGACUGUGAAAUAUGUCAUAAAAAGUUGACAAGUAAGGAAAGUUUAGCCAUACAUACCAAAUAUCAUGAAAUUGGACAUGAAAAUGAUCACUUUGAAGUUUCUGUUCAUGACUUUGAAACUGUUAUCAUUCCCCAAGAGAAUGGAGCACCAAUCAAAGUUCAGCUUGCCCACUCUGAGCCAAUCACAACAGACAUUGCUAAUGUAGGAGGAGUUAGUUCAGAAGAUACUACAUACUACCUCCAGACCUCAAAAUCAGAUGAGGUUGAGGAGGACACUAUACAAGUAGAUGAUAAUACUAUAUUAGUAGAUCCAAGUGUAUUAGAGUCUGUGCUAGGGGCUACCUCUGAUGAACAAACUGUAUAUUAUUAUGUUACUGGUAACUAAAUAUGUGCUUUGUUUUCUUAAGUGCAUGUCUGUGCUUGAUGCUACCUCAGAUUAACAUUUGUAUUAUAUCAAGUAGUUUAUAUCUUAAUUUAGUCUUCUAGGUCUUUAGAAUGAUUAGAGGUGAUCCACAUGUUCUAAAACAGGUUAACCUUAAUAUACUGGGAGACAAAAGAACAGAUACUCUUUUAUUUGCAAAAUUACUGUGGAUUCAUUAUUACUUGUCAGGUAUCAAUUUUCUAGGAAUUCAUAACUGGGCACAGGCAAAUAUUAAACCAUUUACACAUUUUCUAUAGGCUUAUAUGCAAACUUUGGAAAAAUCAUGAAAUUUGUUAUCUAUGAAAAUACUGUUUUUCAUUAUUCCAUGAAAAUGUGUACCCAGUACCCACAAACAUAAAUACAUCAACAGUGAUACUUUUUUUAAUCUUUUGAGCUUAUUUCAAGUUAAUUAAUGUUUAAAAUCAAUUAAGAUGGUACCAAACACCUUGGAUAAAAUUAAUUUGGCUCAUUUAAUUUUCAUAAGAUUUUGACAAAUACAUGUAUUUUACAUUGACCAAAAUAAAUAUUUUUCUAUGCCCCAUUUAUGGGCGUUAUGUUUUCUGGUCUGUGUGUCCAUUUGUUCGUCUGUCUGUCCCACUUCAUGUUAAAGUUUUUGGUCAAAGUAGUUGUUGAUGAAGUAGAAGUCCAAUCAACUUGAGAUUUAGUACACCUGUUCCCUAUGAUAUGAUCUUCCUGAUUUUAAUGCCAAAUUAGAGUUCUUAUCCCAUUUCAGGGUCCACUAAACAUUUAAAAUGAUAAAAAAUGAAAAUGAUGGGGCAUCCCUAUAUUACAUGUAUUAUGGACACAUUCUUGUUUUAAACUUGAACCACACUCAUUAUUUGAAAAAUUACAUAGGAUAUACAGCAGUUUGACAAACACCAAUUCUAACGAUUGAGAUGAAUUAUAUUCCUUAACAAUAGAAUGUGAUUAAAACAUUAAGCUGAUUUUUACACAGUUAUCUCCCUGUAGUGUUAUGUACCCCCUUAAAGGAGUUGUUGGGUAAACACUAAUGAACAGAUAACACAUGAUAUAUCAGGGUUAAUCUUGCCAUUUGUUAUUUAUUGUUAAGAAGUACUCUAUAAAAGCAACACUGACUUUUUAUGAAGUCCAUUUUCUUGCCUAAACUAAAUGCAUAUACUGUAUGAAAAUCUCCACAUUUUUCUCCAUAUUUUGGGGGAUAACCAUUUAAAAACCAUGUAUCCUUUGUUUGAACUCUUUCAUAUAAAGUUUGGGAAUAUACUUAAAAUACUAGCUAAGAAAACAAAAUCUGUAAUCUGGGAUGUCAACAUUUGGUACGGUAAAAGAAUUUGGUUUCCAUGUGAUGAAUAUUACAUUUCCAGUUAUUUAUAUUACAGUGAGUGUGGCAUGAUAUUAUUUCAGGCAUAAAUAUGUUUUUGAGUUGUUAUUACAAUUAUUAAAGUUUAUUGCAAUCAU